AUGGCGGCGGCGCUGGCGCUGCUGGCGGCGCUGGCGGCGCUGCCGGCGGCGUGGCCGGGCGCCGGCGCCUGCAGCGAGGCGGGCACCCGCCUGGCCUGCCGCGCCGCCGGCCUGCGCCGCCUACCGCCGCUGCACGACCGCCUGCUGGCCCUGGACGUGUCCGACAACAACAUCACGGUGCUGCCGGCGGACGCGCUGCAGGCCGCCGCCGGCCUGCGCGACCUGAACCUGUCCGCCAACCGCCUGCAGCACGUGUCGGAGGGCGCGCUGUCGAGCACCGUGCUGGCGCGGCUGUGGCUCGACCGCUGCGGCCUGGCGCUCCUGCCGCCGCUGCGUCUUCCGCGCCUGCACUACCUGUCGGCGGAGGACAACGAGCUGGUCGAGCUGGAGGCGGGUGCGCUGGAGGGCGCGCGCGGCGUGCGCGUGCUGCAUCUCGCGCGCAACCAGCUGCGCGCCGUGCCCGCCGCCGCGCUGCAGCACGCCGCGCGGCUGCAGGCGCUCAACCUGGCGGGCAACCAGAUCAGCGAGCUGACGACCACGUCGCUACCCGCGCUGCCCGCGCUGCACACUCUGAUAUUGAAGAGGAACCGCAUCACGCACAUCGACGAGCGCGCCUUCGCGAGCGUCCCCGCGCUGCGCGUGCUGCGACUCGAAGAUAACCUUCUAAGCGAGCUGCCACCCGCCGUCCAUCUUUUGCCGAUGCUCGAAGACUUGUCCCUGGCGAACAACCGCAUCGAGCGCGUGUCACCGGGACUGCAGGCGUGUUCGCGGCUAGCGCGCCUGGAGCUGCGCGCCAACCCACUGUCGCAGCUGCACGCGCACGCGCUCGACCACCUGCCGCGCCUCACCACUCUCGUGCUGUCGGAGGCGCGCGGGCUGCAGCGCUUGCCGGCGCUGAACGGCUCGUCGCGGCUGCGCACGCUGCGCGCCGACCGCGCGCGCCUGCUCCACGUGCCGCACGAGCUGUGCGGCCACGCGCCGCAGCUGCGCGCGCUGGACCUCCGCUCGAACCAGUUGCAGCGUGUACCGCGCCUGCACGACUGCGCGGAACUGCGCGUGCUCGAGGUGUCGGACAACCGCAUCGAGUCGCUGGGCGACGGCGCGCUGCGCGGGCUGCGGCGCCUGCACGACCUGCUGGCGGCGCGCAACCGAGUGCGGCGCGUGCCCGCCGACGCCUUCGCGCACACGCCGCUGCUGCAGCUGCUUGACCUCGAGGAUAACCAAAUAGAGCACAUCGACAUGGAAGCGUUCGUCCCCGUUCCUAAAUUGGAGGACUUGAACGUCGGCAACAACAUAUUUCCCUUCCUGCCGGCGAGCGGGCUCCAGCGCCUGCUUCACCUAAAGGCUCACAACAACCCCGCGCUGCGCCGCUUUCAUCCCCCGGAAGUUUUCCCUAGGAUACAGACGCUGGUGUUGUCGUACGCGUACCACUGCUGCGAGUUCAUGCCGCUGAUGGAGGGCGGCGCCGAGGCGAGCGCGGCGCCCGGCGCCGAGCCGGAGCAGUUCAGCGACCUCGUGCUGCUGCCGCCCGCGCACGUCGACCUCGCCACCUGGGCCAACGCCACCGACAUCUGGCCGCACUACUUGAACGCUACAGAAGAGAGUAGUUCGCGGCUGGCGGCAAUAGGCUGGAGUGAAGUAGCGGCUGCGGAGCUCAAGUCCAGCGGGACACGUCGCGUGCGCUGCCUGCCGCUGCCGGGUCCUUUUCUACCGUGUGUGGAUUUAUUCGACUGGUGGACUUUGCGAUGUGGAGUAUGGGCCAUAUUCCUGUUGGCGCUGCUGGGAAACGGCACAGUAGUUUUCGUGCUCAUUUUCAGUCGUAGUCGAAUCGAUGUGCCUCGAUUCCUCGUUACAAACCUUGCCGCUGCAGACUUUUUUAUGGGCAUUUAUUUAGGUUUUUUGGCAGUCGUCGACGCGGGAACACUAGGAGAGUUUCGCGCGCACGCAAUAGCGUGGCAGAUGUCGGGCGGCUGCCGCCUCGCGGGCUUCCUGGGCGUGCUGUCGUCCGAGCUGUCGGUGUACACGCUGGCCGUCAUCACGCUGGAGCGCAACUACGCCAUCACGCACGCCAUGCACCUCAACAAGCGCCUGUCGCUGCGCCACGCGGCCGCGGUCAUGGCGGCGGGCUGGGCCUUCUCGCUCGCCGCCGCCGCGCUGCCGCUGCUCGGCGUGUCCGACUACCGCAAGUUCGCCGUGUGCCUGCCCUUCGAGACCGGCUCGCCCGCCGCGCUCGGGUACGUCGUCACGCUACUGGUUAUAAACGGACUGGCAUUUUUGGUGCUUCUCGGUUGCUACCUCAAAAUGUACUGCGCGAUCCGCGGCUCGCAGGCCUGGAACUCGAACGACUCUCGCAUCGCGAAACGGAUGGCGCUCCUCGUCUUCACGGACUUCUUGUGCUGGUCGCCUAUAGCCUUCUUCGCGCUGACCGCCGCCUUCGGUGCCCAGCUCGUCUCGCUGGAAGAAGCGAAGGUGUUUACAGUUUUCGUCCUGCCCCUGAACUCGUGCUGCAACCCGUUUCUCUACGCGAUCCUCACCAAGCAGUUCAAAAAAGACUGCGCCCUCGUGUGCAAAGCGAUCGAAGAGUCCCGCGUGACGAGAGGUAUAGGUCGAUGUCGACACUCCUCGAACUUCAGCAACCGGCAAACUCCGGCCAACACGAACAGUCUCGCCGAGCGCUCGUCCCGCGGUCAGCACGGGAACGCCUGCGCCUGCCGCCGGCUCCUGCCGCCCGGCGCCGCCCCCGGGACCGACACGCCCACUAGCAGUGGCGCGAGCAGCGAGCGCCUGCUGCGCUGGCUGCGCGCCUGCGGGCGGCGCUCGGCCGCGCCCGCGCCGCCCGCCCCGCGCCUGCCGCCCGCCCCGCCCGCGCGCGCCGGCUCCGUGUCGUCGUCCGUGGAGUUCUCGUCGUCGCGCUCCGACUCGUGGCGCACGUACGGCAGGCCGCCGCCGCCCCCGCGCAGGGCCGCCUCCUGGCUGGUGGCGCGCAAGACCUCGCAGGACUCCAACCUGUCGUCGUCCCGCAACGACUCGUCCGGCUCGAACGCGACGGCCUCGACGGGCACGUGGCGCACGUCGCGCUCGGGCGGCAGCGCGGCGGCGGGCGGCGCGGCGGGCGGGGCGGGCGCGGGGGCGGGCGGCGCGCGGCCGCGCCUCACGCGCCAGCCGGCCGUGGCGCUGGACGAGCCGCCCGCGUCGCCCGGCGCGCUGCCGCCGCCGCGCCUGCUGCACACGAUCCCCUCGGCGGCGGAGACGGACGCGCAAGCCGAGGACGCGGAGGCCCGCUGAGCGCCGCGCCGCUCCGGAGCUGGAACCAGUGUCUUAUCGAACCGUCCAGUAGCGCUCGUCGAUCGAUACCGUUCCCGUGAAGUGACCCUCCGACGGACCGCUGGACGUCACAAUAGUCGCUACGACAAAUAAGUAGUUAAGUUUUGUACAGUAUUACUCGGCGUGACUACUUUAGUCCUGGGCGAGGUAGUAAAAAAUAAAGAGAUUAAAUAUUUAUUUAGUAAAAUUCGUUUUAUAGUGCGAUCGUUUAUCCUAAUUAAAAUAUAUAAAUAGUGAUUAUUCAUAUAAAUGUAUUUAUACAAUGGACGUUAACAAUAACUGAGUCGGUACAAUGUGUAUAGAGACUAAGUGCUGCCGGUGAAUAUUUUGAUGUCACGUAGCCUUACGCCCGAGUUGGACUGAAACAGUAUUCGAUUACAGUAUGUACUCGUUCAAUAUGAUGUUAUAUAUUAUUAUAUAAUAAUAAGAUAGAUUUUAUAUGAUACAGACGCUGAGUUUGUAACCGCUAGAUGUAAGGAGCUGCCAGAUUUAUGUUACAAUGUGUUACGAGUUAGCUGACGUGCGGCCGGAGAACCAGCCUCGUCGUAGACAAUAACUGUUGAAAGUCAUAGAUGACUGUAGCCAAAAAUAAUGUUUUAAUGUUAAGAAAUCUGUUUAUAAAUAGCCUUGUUAUAUAUUAAAAUAGAAUCAUUUUAUAAACUUAAAAUAUUACCAAGAACCCAAAGUGAAAAGUGAUAAUUUUAAUAUGAGUAAAUAAAUAAACAACAAUCCGUCUAAAUAAAUAAAACGUACCUACGAAAAACCUCAUUUUUUUAUAUAUACUAAUUACUACUCGUAUUUUAGUACUCUUAGGUUUAAUAAGUCUAGGAAAUAUCUUUUUUUAAACUACAACGAGUCAAACAAUUUGACCAUAUUUCAUCUAAAUUUUAUAAACACAAAAAGUUGAACUGGUUUUUUUGCUCAAGUUUACGUAAACAUGUAUUAAAUCUAUUAUAUAAGAAUUAUUUUCUGUAAAAACACUAGUUAAAAUAUGAAAUAAAAAACACGAAUGAUAAAAAUUUAAUUUUUUGCUUGAAGGAAGAGGUCUUUAAAUCAAGAUAUGUACAAACAAGAAUUCCUUUUUUAAUUAUUUAUUUAUUUGAAAUUAUAUAAAUAAUUAACUUCCUUCAGCGAGUGAUAUUUUUAAAAUAAGUUAGAAUAUAGGUACCUGUUAAGUGAAAAGCGAAUGUCACAAUAAAAUCAGCCUGUGCUCAAAUAUUCAAAAGCUGACAACACUACCUACAAGAAAAUGACAAAUUAUUGUGACAAGCUUUAAAGAACAUAAUAAAAUCAGUAUAUGUCUUUAUGAUUUGCAAUACAAUUUGCAGUAGGUAUAAAAUAUUUGAAACAUAACUUAAACACAACAAUGAUUAAGAGUUUGAGAACAUUGCUAUGACUACUGAUUAUAUUUACAUGUAUUAUUUACACGUGUCAUUUACCGGAGACCGUUGCGAAUAGCGCUGUUAUUUGUGAUAGACGACGACGUAUCAACACAGUAUCUUACACUUCACACCAAAAAGAGCGAAAGAACUCACUACAUUUCAGUUGUAUAUUUUUGCUAAUUAUUGUUACAAUAAAAAUAAUAAUAUAUAUUCAAAUGUAGUUGUUACUCGAUACAUGUAUAUUUGAUAAACGUUAUGGAUAAAUAAUUAAUAAUUGUGUAAAAAUAUCACCGGCCUAAGUUAUUUUAAACAUAAAAUGUGUUGUCUGUUCAAGUACUUCUAUGUAUAAUGUUUGUGAGCUGAAUGUCGAGACUUGUCUAUUUAUUGAAGAUGUUUGAACCGAGCGGUUGAGUGUUAUUUAUUUAUUUAUUUCUCUUAAAAUAAAUGAAAUCGGUAUAAAA